AUGAAAUGAAGAUGCUUGGUGUUGGGGUUUCCUGCCCCUCCGUCUCCUGUGGAACCUAGCAGUUCUGUUAUGUCCCCCAGCAUCCUUGAUGAAUUGAUACCCCUCUGGCACUUUUAUUAGAUAUCACUUGGAAGUUGGUACACUAAACCGCUGGGUACUGGGUCGCGUCCAGUCGUUUCUCUCCCUGUUGGCUCGAGAAUGGGAACCUUCCUGGGCUUGGGAAGGGCUCCCGUUCUCGCUGCUGACUUCCGUUAGAAGUGAGAUCCCCGCCCCUCCAGACGAUUUUCUUUCGGCGGUCUGGCCUCCGCAUGCCUGCCCGGCCGCACUCUCAGGGCCGUUGUCUUUGUCGCGGGGAGGCCUGAGACCACUGUCCCCUUCGUGCGUGGGGCCCUUGCUCCCCCUUGCGUUGGUUCAAAGAACAAGGUCAUCUGGGCUUUUCUUGUCUGACCUUUAACCUGAGCCGUGGGGGUUGGGUCUGUCAGUCGCGGGCACACGCGAUCGAUGAGGACGUGCGCGACGACCGUUGGUAGGGGCGGUGGUGCGGGAGCGCCGGCUGCUCGGUGAGGACCCGGCUGUGGGUCUCCGCUCGGGGGCUGGCCGCUGGGUGGGGCCGGGCUGGAGCCUGCGACCGAAGGGGCUGCGGGCUGGGAUGAGGGGCCCGGAGCCGGGGGAGGGGGGGUGGUUCCGGCUCCAUUGCCGAUUCCUCCCUCCCGGAGAACCGCGGGCCGCACCUGACCCCGCGGAGGAAAAAGCGCCGGGAGUGGGCGUUUCCCCGCUCUCCGACCCAUGGUGUGGGUCAAACUUAAGGAAAUUGUGGCAAAUACUCCAUUUGGGGGUGGUUUACAACCUCAUCUGUAACAUUAUUUUCACGUUGCUGUGUGCAUUUCCAGUGUAUUGUAUAAUAAAGACAUGGUCGCUUUUAGGGGAGAUGUCUGAAAAACUGAGAAGAUGCAGAAAGGAGCUGACUGCAGCCAUUGACCGGGCCGUUGAAGGACUUAGUCAUUCCCAGGAGUGCUCAGGCAUGCAGAGGCAGGAGCUGGACGCUGCGCCGCUUUCUUUCCCCUUGCCCAUGCACAGGCUCCUCUGCAGGAGGCACCCGCUGGCAGCCUGCUCCUCUGCGGCUCCUUUCUCUCCUGUCCCGUUUGCUCCUGGGAAUGAGAGCCCUGCCUUUGCACCAAACCACGAACCCGUGAGUGCAAAGACACGUGCUCUAUGCCCCAAAAGAAAACCUCUGACCAGCAAGGAAAACAUAUCGAUGCAUUCCUCGAUUUUGGCACCUGAAAGACAGUUUUGGAGAGCGGCAGGAGAUGGGGAGAACUGGAGAAAAGACAGUCUAAGGAAAGAUAUGGAGAAAGAUUUGAAGGUUAAGUCAAACAUGCCACUCAGCAGUUCUAGCCAAGAGGUCACAAAGGAUUUGCUUGACAUGAUCGACCAUACAGGCAUCCAAACUAUUGAAGAAUUGGCUGGAAAACUAGAAUUUGAAAAUGAGUUGAACCGUGUGUGUGGUUGCUGUGAAGAUUCUCCCUUCAGGGCGGAAGCCUGGGCCCUGCUGGUGGACGAGAGCCCUCAGGAAGCCUCGGAUGCAGACCCUGGCGGCCUCAAGCAGGCUUUCUAUGAUCACAAUAUCGUGGAGACUGUUCUGGACUUGGAAGAGGACUACAAUUUGCUGACCUCUUUUAAAUACCGAAUUGAUUCAUCUUGGAAAGCCAAACAAUCCCUGAAUUGUUUCCGUGGAAACACCAAACUGCAAUUUGGAUUAGCAGAAUCAAAAUAGAAACAAGGCAGCUUCAAGAAUAAAUAGGAGCUUUGGAACCUGCUAGUCACCAACUGCCAGUUCAAGCUACAGCACAAGGCAUGUGAGAAGCUGGGCCCAUCCAGCUCUAUAAGGAGGGGUUUCCAGGUCCCCUGGCUACAUGCUGCCGGGUCAAUGCCAAAGUCACUAGAAACCAGCUCUGUCUGCAUACUGGUAGACUUGUAACAAUACUUAAUGUAGGAGCUGGUCUGUAGAAGCUAGGAGAGGCUGGGGGUCUGGAGGGAAAGUGGGGGGAAGAAGGGACAGGAAAAAGGAGAGAUGAGUGAAUGCCGAGUGAAGUUCCAGCAAGGAGCAGAGGCCACAGCUGAGGCCUGAGAGUACAGCAACAGUUCUUUCAAGAGGACAAUUCAAGGGAUUUCCCCAGUGGUCCAGUGGUUGGGACUCCGAGCUUCUACUGCAGGGGGCGCGGGUUUGAUCCCUGGUCAGGGAUCUAAGGUCCCACAUGCCACGCAGUGUGGCAAAAAAAAAAAAAAGACAAUUCAAGGGUGGCCAAGGGCUGGAAACAGUGACCCUAUCCUCAGCCCCAUCUGGAUUGCAAUGUUCCUCACAUUCCUGUCUAGCAACACAGGUCUAGACUGGAGUCUGAAAUCUUGCCAGGUAAGCUCUGGGGGCACUUGUGGUCAGUAAGCACCUGCUUCAGUGUAGCUCCAGCCAGCACAAUCAGGCAUGCAAGCCUACCUUCUCAUCUCUGAGUCUCAGGGUUCCCUCCCCCUACCUACUGCUCCCCUCACCAGGGGAAUGGGGGAGGCAUCUCCUGGCCCACCUGCCCUGGAUCCUUGGCAUUCUCCUGGACCCUGCACUUCCAAUCCCAGGGAAGACUCCAAGGGGGUCAGGAGACAAGGAGGAGGGAGGUAGAUAACCUGGGGGACUUUUGCCCCUCACCUUUGCACCCAGGAAUGUGCUGAUAGGGCAGCAACACCAUCCUGCCACUGGAGGAGUUGUGAGCUAUUAAUGAUCAAAGAAAUUGAUGAAAAGGAUUUGCAAAAGAGGCCAAUCUCCCUCCUCCCUCUAACUGAGGCACAAGACGUUUAACAUGGCAGUGAAGGCCAGUGAACUAGGCAAGCAAACCAGGGAGGCCACUGCACCUGAUUAUGGGUAGUUAUUGGAAAGGCUGUCAUCUAGAGACAACCUGAGACUGGUAAUUUGCUUUCUCCCUGGAGUAUGUGGGAGAACAUUAAUAUUUUAGGUUCCAGCUAAAUAUUUAUAGAGGGAACAAAGUUUUACUCAGGAAAUCUGUUUGACAGUGGAUUCCAGCCCUAGUGGGGAGGACUUUCCAUGCUAGGCCAGCUGGAAAAUGCCUGAUUUGAUGAAGAGUUUUGGCCUAAGGCCUGGCAUGAAAAACAAUUGCAGAACUACGUUCAGCUCUUGUAGGAAACCACUAUCUUUUUUGAGGGCUAAAAGUCUGUUGUUUUCUGGGCACUUUGGAUGGGAGCUGGCCUGGGAGAGAGGAAUGGGCAUCUUAUAGGAGAUACGUCAUCAGGACCCCUUUGAAACGUCUGAGACAAAGAAGGGAAGUUGCAAAGGGAUACCAGGGAGACCCAACUUUCGGGACAGGCUGCUAGGAGCUGUUUGAAAGAUAAGAAAUCCCUGCUCUCAGUAAGUAUUUAUCAAGUGUCUACUAGUGCCAGACACUCUCCUGGAUGCUGAGGAUACAGUAGGGACGAGGCAGAUGCUGCUCUUGCUUCUGGAGUUUAUAUUCUACUGUGCAAUGUGGGCAAACACAAAAAUACUGAUAUAUCAUUUCAGAUGGAACUGUAUGAGAGAAAUUAAAACAGGGUAAGGGAAUGGGCAAUGAGUAGGGUGAGCCCCUUCAGAAGAGGAGAGGUCAGGAAAAGUCCUCUCUGUAGGUGACAUUUAAAUUGAUACUUGAAUGUCAAGACAAUUAGGUGCUGCAAGUGGCUUCACUUCCAUCCUCAGACUGUAACUGGAGUUGUAUAGAGGGAGGAGCCCCUAGGUGGGCCCUAGGCCGGUAGACCUCCCACCACAUCCACCCCUGUGUGGCUACAUACAUCUCUAUCAGCAUCCAAAGAGCCAAAAAUGUUGCGUGCUCCAGGGACGUGCCUGGGCUGUGUCAUGCUCACCAAAUUUGGCAGGAACACAAUAGUUUAAAAAAAUAAAAGAAAAAGCCUUAGGAAUAAAAUAAGAAACAGAAUAUCCUUUCUGAUGAUUGCCAGAGACAGGCAGCAUAAUUUUAAUUAACCCAGCCUUGUUAGGCGAUAAAUUUACUGCUCAUUCUACAAAAACACCCAGCUCAUGUAACACUGAGUCACUCUGAUCUUUGACUUUAAACAAAAUUAAAUACUUUUUUUUUUUU